GAAUCCAGAUUCGUGUCAGUUUCUUCCGUGUUGUUUUAGACGCAUGAUUCCGGGUAUGACAGUCAGCUGACAGCAUUUGUACAGUGUCAGUACACUCCUGCAUAUUGUACUUACUGCAAAACAAAGAUUUAAAACAGCAGAAUGGCCACAAUUCCACCGAAAAUCAAGGUGCUGCUCAGUGGAAACCAAAGGUUGCAGAAACUGAAAGAGGAUUUUCAUGGAAAAUAUGGACAAAUGCCUCUCUUCUACGCUCGUGCUCCAGGGAGGGUGAAUUUGAUAGGUGAGCAUAUUGAUUAUUGUGGCUAUGCUGUCCUUCCAAUGGCAAUAGAGCAGAAUAUUCUUGCUGCAGUUUCUGUCAACGAUUCCCAAACAAUCCAGCUGGCCAAUACUGACCCCAGAUACAAGGAUUUCACUGUGUCUGUUGAUGGCAUCACCAUUGACAAAGAGAAUCCUCAAUGGCACUAUUACUUCCUUUGUGGAGUGAGAGGAAUCCAGGAGCACUUGAGCUUGUCUUCAUUGGCAGGGAUGUGUUGUGUGGUAGACGGGACUAUCCCAGCCAGCUCAGGGCUUUCCAGCUCCAGUGCCCUGGUGUGCUGUGCCGGUCUGGUCACUAUGGAGGCCAAUCAGAAGUCUCUUUCUAAGGUGACUCUCGCAGAGACGUGUGCCAAGUGUGAGCGUUAUAUUGGCACUGAGGGCGGAGGGAUGGAUCAGUCCAUUUCUUUCCUGGCAGAGGAGGGAACAGCAAAGCUGAUCGAGUUUAAUCCGCUGCGAGCCACAGAUGUGAAGUUGCCCGACGGGGCGUUCUUUGUAAUCGCCAACUGUUGUGUGGAGAUGAACAAGGCGGCCUCGUCUCACUUCAACAUGAGGGUGGUGGAGUGCCGCAUCGCCACAAAGAUGCUGGCUAAAGCGCGAGGUGUGGACUGGCAGCGUCUGCUGAAGCUGGGGGAUCUGCAGAAGGAGCUGCAGGUGAGUCUGGAGGAGAUGCUGGAGCUGCUGGAGGAGGUGCUGCACCCUGAGCCCUACAGCAGAGAGGAGAUCUGCACGACUCUGGGCAUCAGCGCUGAACAGCUGUGUGAAAACAUCCUCAGCGCCAACACACAACACGCGACUCACUUUAAACUGUACCAGCGUGCCAAACAUGUGUACGGCGAGGCCGCCCGCGUGCUACAGUUUAAGGCCGUGUGCGACUCUUCCCCUGCCAACGCCGUCACUCAGCUGGGCGACCUGAUGAACCGAAGCCACGCCAGCUGCAGAGACUUGUACGAGUGCAGCUGCCCCGAGCUGGACCAGCUGGUGGACAUAUGUCUGCAGGCGGGCGCCGUGGGGUCGAGGUUAACCGGAGCUGGAUGGGGAGGUUGCACGGUUUCCAUGGUACCUGGGGAAAGGAUAGAUUCUUUUCUCCAAACCGUGAGAGAACGUUAUUACGUGCCGGACGCCCGUCGAUCCGCUCUGGAGAAGCAGAGUUUAUUCGUGACAAGGCCGGGAGGAGGGGCGGCAAUUUUCAUUGAGGAAUGAAAAGUAGCGGGGCAAUUUUCUCUCAUUUUAGCAACACAAUCAACCCUGUGGCCUCAGAAACAGGAGGUUGUAUGUAUAAUGGAAAAUCUGAUGAAAGGGAAACUGAAGUCUGAAUGGGCAUUUUCACUCAAAAGAAUGAAGAAAUCAGUGCUCGGUGAUCCUUUUAUAUUCAUUUCGAGGUUUCACGGCACUAGUAAAGUACCAAGAAUUGCUCUAUACAUUCCUACUUCUGCUGCACUUUUUCUGAGCGUUUAAGGUCAAUAUUCAACUGGUUAAAUCCAAUAAAAACUUCUCAAUUUU